UCUCUCUCCCUCUCGCUAGCGCUUGUCUAGAAAUACUUCCUUUCUAGGAAGUCGUGCAGGAAAUCCGAAUCGGGGGUGGAGUGAAGGCAAGUGCCGGAGGGAGGAGAGUGGUGCUUCCGAAAUUAAAAACAAGAACUGCAUCAGGAAGAUCGAUACGAUGGCACCUGAACCCCCCCGUCCCCGUCCCGUCCCGUUAUAACAACAGAGACAUGCAAAGCCAUGCAUGAAUAAAGCUUGAUCAAAAUCAUUAGAAGCAAGCAAAUGUGAUACAGUGUAGCAAGAUUAAAACAGCAACAACACAGAAUGACAGAUGUUCAACUGAAAGUACCUGUCAUUCGGCAGCUGUAUCACUGGGACUGUGGGCUGGCUUGUUCCAGGAUGGUAUUGAAGUACCUGCAUCCAGUAAGUGAGGAGGAGUUCCAGAGUGCAUGCUGGGAGCUCAAGUUGACGGAGAGCGUGUGGACGAUCGACCUGGCCUAUCUGAUGUGCCAGCUGGGGGUGAGGCAGAGGUUCUGUACCCAGACCCUGGGUGUGGACAAGGGCUAUCGAAACCAGUCGUUUUAUAAGAAGCAUUUCAGUACUGAAGAGAACAGAGUCAAUGAGCUGUUUGCUAAAGCAGAAGCCAACGGUGUAGUGGUGGAGAAACGUUCUGUAACUGUUCAGGAGAUCCAGAAUCACCUGGCUCAAGGGCACGUGGCGAUCGUGUUGGUAAACGCGGUCCUGCUGGUCUGUGACCUCUGCUCGACCCCUGUCAAGUACUGCUGCUUCCUCCCUGUCGGCCAGAAGUGCUUCUGCAGGAAGCCGGAUUAUCAGGGUCACUUUGUGGUGGUGUGCGGUUUCAACGGGGCUACAGGCUGCAUCUUCUACAACAACCCUGCCUACUCUGACCGAGUGUGCAGCACCAGCAUCAGAACCUUUGAGGAGGCACGGAUGAGCUACGGGACGGAUCAAGACAUUCUCUUUGUAUACAAGGAGAGCUGAUAUCGGCUUGGAGCACUGGACACUCACUGUGACCCCUAUUCUAUGCAGUCCCGGACACUGCGGCAGGACCUGCGGCUCUCAACCAUGACUUGCACAGCAGCUUAAAAAAAAAAAAAACCUGUUUGUAUAAUGGACUGAGAUCCUGAGAUCCUUCACUCUCUUUUUUUAUCUCUUGCUCUCUCAAUUCUGGGUAAAAAAAGGGAAAAUUACGGUUAAAGACAAGUGGUGGAGGGGAAAAAAAAACAUGACCAGUGUUUUAAAUCCAAAGCCUAACAAGUCAAAUCAUUACUAAAUGAACUACCUGAACCGGCUACUAUUCAGAUGACCCAGGGUGUGACGUUCCACAGCCAAAGAAUGGAAACACAGUUUUUAAAACUGGAUAACUAAGAGAUUGGCUUAUGCUAGCCGGGAAAUUGUGGGGCACCGGUGCUUGAGGACAGUGUGCACCCCAAGAAUAGAAAUACAGGGUGUCCCUUGGCUGUCCUUUUGCAUAAUUGUUAAUAUUGGUUGCCUCACUGUUUUCUUUCAUGUUUUAGAUAGUCAACUGGGUGUGGCCAUCCAAUUUAACAGAGAACAUCUGAUGCCUGGCUUAUCGGACACUGUAGGAUAAUGGAAGGUAGGAAACUGUACACUGAACAGUCCCAAAGUUUGUCGCCCUGUAGUGGUUACUCGGUAUCGAGUGCUGGAGACACAACAGACACAACACAACAGUUUCAUGGCAUGAAGUUUUGAGGUGUUUCUUUGUGAGGCAGUUUCUAAGAGCAACCGUUUGAAAUUCUUUGAAAAGAGUGAGAUAUUAUUUUUUCUUUUCCAUUUUGAUCCGCACUUUGGAGACCACUGCCUGUGCUGUGAUGAUUUAAAAAGGCAAUAUUUAUUUUUAUUUUUUUUGGAGAUGGGGGAGGUAAAGCAUCGUGUGUGAUCUGUAUUAUUUUUUUGCAUUAGAGCAGAGUUUAUUUAGGGACAUCCUAAUGGUGAAUCUCAGGUACUGCAUUUGGGUAAUGAGUGUAUUAGUAAUGCUGUUCAAGGAACGUAGUGUUUUCUGUUCAUGCAACAGAUCUUAAGAGGGAACUGAUUUUGCAGAAACUUGCUAUCUAAUCAUGAGAAGAAAAAUUGCAUAAAAUAUCAGGAAAUACAAAGUGACCUCACAGGGACCUGAACACUGACUGGGUCAGCUGCCUGGCUAGCGGCGCCCCCUGUUGUCCACUCAUGAUUUCAUUCUCAAAUCACACUUACAGGAAAUUUAAAAAUAAAGGUAAUCAGUUUUCCUGGAACUGUUCUGGCUUAUUUAAUUUUGUUUAAUCAACUGCUUCAUAACUUCUGGGGAUUAUGCAAUAUAAAGGUGUUGUGUUUUUUUUUUUUUUUUUUUUGUAUGACUAUCUGUUUUUCAUUAAUAAGUGUGUUAUUAUUAUCUUGCAUGUUUUUCAUUGUAACAAAAGCAGGGCUAAAAGAAGGAUUUGGGAUCAGUGUAAAAUACUGGAGCCCAGUUCACAAAGCUUAGUUUAUAAAAUAAAGUUAAUAUUCGUCAAACUUUUCCUGAAUGUUAUUUAAGAAGCCAGCAACAGUCUCAUGGUAAUAAGUUUGUUUGAUUCAUUAACUUGUGAGUUAAGCUUUUGAAUUGACCCUAAGUAGCAAAUCUGGAAACAUCCCUUGAACCCUGAAACCCUAAUAUUGCCAUAAAGAGCAUGUUUUUCAAAGCAUCUACUCCAGUGAUAACACAAACACUUUUUACAAAACAAAGAAACAAUAUAACUGAAGAUCUCGUAAACAUUCUCAAGUGUUGUUUCUGACACGCAAGUCGAUACUUUGAAAGUUUGCCCCAAAGUUCAGUGGAGACGCAGCAAGUUUUCCUGGCUGGUGCUAGAAAAAAAAGACUGCAAGUACACUUUACGACUGUCUGUAAACAAAUGAAGAGCACAACAGUGAAUCAAUCACAGUGGAAGUGAAGAUAAGCAUGCCCCGUGAUUGAGCAGUGUUAGAGUGGAGGAGUGGGUGAAUCCUGAUAGUGGUCAGAGUCCUCUAUUUUGCCCAUUUGAGAAACUGAAUGGAAGUGUAUCAUCCACUCUGAGAUAUGAACGUGCGCACAUUUCCAGAUCAUAUCCUUAAUGUUAUUGUUUUUACAUCAUUAAUAGAGUCAGAGGUGUGAGAAACUUUCAGUAUUGGACACUUCAGAUUUGUAUAGGGUAACAAACUGGUUUAAACACUGCCCUGAAGUGCACAUACACCUUUUUCACAAAUGCAUUUAUUAAAACACUGUAGGGGUAUCUCACACCCCUUAACAAAAUAGCUCUUUUAUUCUUCAUAUUAUAGAGUAGCUGUAGCGUAGUAUUUUGGGUUUUCUAUACAUCAGAUUAGUUAGUAAAGGUUUUGCACUGUGUUUUCCAACAGCCAUAACUGUACUGUAUUAUAGCUACAUGCAUUUAUGUUCACAUGAUCGUGGCUAUAAAUGGGUAAUGUUAUUUAAUUUUUUUUUUUCUGCUGUCAGUAUAAUUUUAAAGAAAAGUUAAAGCCUUUUGAAUCUGAGCA